AGGGGGGGCGAAGGCGUUUACGUGCGUAUAUAGUUGCGAUCCCUGUUUCCAAUCCGCCCAUACCAUUGGAGGGUUGUUGACGGCGCGAGAGCGCGGAGGAGUGGAGUUGUAAUCCAAAGCGCGUUCCAGAGACAUUUACGGCGUACACUUUUCAGCACCUUGGAUAGCAUCCAAAGGAAGUUAGGAAAUAUCGGCAUUUUCAGUGUAAUUUAUUCGCCACAUUCUUGUGGUCUCUCAAUCUGCCAAUCAGCAGGGUAAACCGGUCAACUUUUUGGAGAGUUUCCAGGCGACGGGACAGUGGCUACUAUAACGUCUAGCUCUGGUUGCUUUGCCCCUGUGGGAAAAUGUGCUAGUUGUCGCCUCUGCAUCGAUGGAGAGUUGUAUUCGGCAGAACAGAUUACGCGCCCCCUACUGAAACAUCGAGCGACCACUACCGACGGAUUCGCGCCGUGCACCUAUACGCCUGCGAAUGACAUGAAAAUAGAGUGUGUAACGAAACGUGGUGAUUCCAGCUAGCGCGAUCCGACCAGCUGCAGCCGAGCGGUAGUGGUGGUGGGCAGGUCCAGCUCGUCAGUGCAGCUAGCUGUUGCUCUCCAUUGUGUGAACCCCCGGCCGCUGUCGGAUCCCGCGCUGCUGCUGCUGCCGCUGCCGCUGCUGCUAGCGCUGCCGCUGCCGCUGCUGCUGCACAACAACUCGGGUGGCUGUAAAGACGCGCUAUCUCACCGUCGGGUUUCAAGCUCGGUUCCACUACAUCACAUCAGUAUGUGUUCUCGGGUUUGGUUCGUGACCGACCGCCGUAUCCACCAGGAGUACCCUCAGGUCCAGAUCCUCCGGGCGCUGAAAGAGCGAUGUGUGGAGGAGGAUGUUGAAUUCCGCUCCCUUCUCAUGGACCAGAUCGUCCUCACUAUCAGCGAGGGGAACCUAGGUCUCCGCGUAGAACAGGAGGUGGUGACCUCCUACCCCCAGGUGGCGGUGGUGCGCGUGCCCACGCCAUGGGUGCAGUCGGACAGCGACAUCACCGUGCUGCGGCACCUGGAGAAGAUGGGCUGUCGGCUCAUCAACCGGCCACAGGCCAUCCUCAACUGUGUCAACAAGUUCUGGACCUUCCAGGAGCUGGCGGGACACGGGGUCCCCCUGCCUGACACCUUCUCGUACGGUGGCCACGACAACUUCCGGAAGAUGAUCGACGAGGCCGAGCCCCUGGGCUACCCUGUGGUGGUGAAGAACGCACGCGGCCACCGAGGCAAGGCGGUGUUCCUGGCCCGGGACAAGCACCAUCUCUCGGACCUGUGCCACCUGAUCCGCCACGACGCCCCCUACCUCUUCCAGGAGUACGUGAAGGAGUCGCACGGCCGCGACGUGCGCGUGGUGCUGGUGGGCGGGCGGGUCAUCGGCUCCAUGCAGCGCUGCUCCACCGACGGGCGCAUGCAGAGCAACUGCUCCCUGGGAGGCGUGGGCAUGAUGUGCCCGCUCAGCGAGCAGGGCAAGCAGCUGGCCACGCAGGUGUCCAACAUCCUGGGCAUGGACGUGUGCGGCAUCGACCUGCUGCAGCUGGACGACGGCUCCUUCGUGGUGUGCGAGGCCAACGCCAACGUGGGCUUCAUCGCCUUCGACCAGGCGUGCGGCAUGGACGUGGCGGGCAUCGUGGCGGACUACGCGCUCUCGCUGCUGCCAGGCCGGCCCCUGAUCACGCGCAAGAUGUCCCUGCUGUCGGUGGUGUCGAGCAGCAGCGAGCCCGAGGUGUGCUGUGGCCCCGUGGGGCCCCCCGGCGCCGGGGUCUCGCUGGGCGGCGGCAUCGGCAUCGGCAUCGGCGGCGGUGGCGGCGGCGGGACCGAGGCGGCGUGCAACAUGAGCGUGGGCUCCACCUCCAGCGAGAGCGACCCCGAGCUGGCCGAGCCCACCCCGCCGCGGCAGGCCUCGGACCCGGAGCUGCCCGAGCUGGGCGGGCUGCUGGGGGGACUGGCCGAGCCCCCCGGGUACAACUUCAACACCCUGCUCGCCAACGAGAUCAAGCUAUUGACUGAAUGA